AUGAUGGCUAACUUAACAGUAUAUAGUUUUGUUUAUAUCGGCAUCGUAUCGUAUAGUCUAACCAUAUCUAUCUAUCUAUCUAUCUAUCUAUCUAUCUAUCUAUCUAUCUAUCUAUCUAUCUAUCAAUUACAUCUGGUCAUAUCUAUCUAUCACUAUGUGGUCAUAUCUAUCUAUCUAUCUAUCUAUCUAUCUAUCUAUCUAUCUAUCUAUCUAUUACUACUUGCAAUAUCUUCUUUCUUUCUUUCUUUUUUCUUUCUUUCUUUCUUUUUUUCUUUCUUUCUUUCUUUCUUUCUUUCUUUCUCAAUAUUUUAUUUACGAUUUUUUCUUUUAAAAUAUUUCUCUUUUCUUUCUAAAUGUUUUCCUAUUUUUUUCUUUCUUUCUCAACAUUUUUCUUUCUUUCUUUCUUUCUUUCUUCUUCAUUUGCUUGCCUUUUCUCUCUUUCUUCUUUACACAUCCUUUACGCUUUCUGUUAGUCUGAUGUUUCUUUAUUUUUUUCAGAUCGUUCUUUUUCUCAUUUAUCUGCCUUCACUUUUAAUACCUUUCUUUCUUUUAAUAUUCAUUUCUUACAUUCUUUUCUUCCUUCUCUUUUUCUUUUUAUUUCCUUUCUUUCUUUCUUCAUUUCUUCAUCAGUUGGUACGUUAUUUUCUUUCUCUUUUUCUUUCUUUCUUUCUUUCUUUCUUUCUUUCUUUCUUUCUUUCUUUCUUUCUCAGUUCUUACAUUCUUUUAUUCUUUCAGUUUUUCUUUCUUUCUUUCUUUCAAAUUACGUUCUAUUCUUUCUUUCUUUCUUUCUUUCUUUCUUUCUUUCUUUCUGUCCUUCAAAUUUCUUCUUUUUCUAAUAUAUUUCCCCUCUCUUUCUUUCUUUCUUUCUUUCUUUCUUUCUUUCUUUCUUUCAUUGUUACUUUUUGUCCCUGUCUUUUUAGAGAGAAUAUUUUUGUGUUGUUUUUAUUCAUAAACUUGUUUAUCUCCUUUUGCUCACUUUCCUUCUUUUUAAUUUCAUUCCUUCCUAAUUUCUCGCAAAGUGUGAAGAAAACCGUAGCAGUAGAGGUCGCGCAACCUUCGCAUGGACGGAUUCCUGCUACUCCCGAUUCCGCUGGCCAUGCCUCUCCUACUUUUGAACGCGUUAAAAGACGAGCGGCCGGCCUUCCGUCGAAAGGGAAUCGGGUUAAUAUUCCCGAACCCGGACUCGGAGAGUGCUGGUGGGUAGCGGCGAUGCUAGCAGCAAUGUCGGUGGCGUCUCGUUGCUUCUCGGGCGAAACCGCGGUAACGCAAGCGAACCCGGAGACGUCACUGAGAGCCCCGGGAAGAGUUCUUUCUUCUUCGUAA